AUGAAGCCCGGGCAUAGCUUGCCACAGGUGAUUGGGUUAACUGCAUCACUUGGGGUUGGUGGUGCUUCUAAUGAAGCGGAUGCUGUGAACCAUGUUGUACGCCUCUGUGCAUCUUUAGACUGCGUGGUUAUCAGUACUGUGCGAAUAAAUACUGAUGAACUUCGGAAAUUCUCCCCCAUAGUAGCGGACGAGAUUAUCUUACGCGAAGAUGAAGCUGGUCAUUUUCGCACCAUCUUUGUGGAUAUCCUGUGUGAGCUUAUGACAUCAUUCGAGGCUAAGUUGUACGAAAUUGUAGAGACUUACGGCCCACACAUCUCAAGCAAAUCGCCUUUGAGAUGGUACGGUGAAGAGAUUGAGGACCGUAAUUAUGUCGUCUAUACAAAGUUUGAGAAGGCACCCGACGCCAAACGCUUGCAAGGUUAUCUAAACUGGGUAAGUACACAUUUGAGACGCAUCGUGCCGGAAAUGCAGUUCGCUACCGAGUCGGCAAAGACAGAAGCAAUUGAAUUGUUGGAGAUCCUUUAUGUAAGUUAUGCAUCGCAACAUUGUCGCAGCUGACA